ACCAUAAUUAUACCAAAGAAUUCUGAUUUUAUAUUCAACUUUCUUAAUGAAUUGAACAACUUUAAUUGAAAUUAUUUUAAAUUGACGUAGUUUAUACAAGCUAAAAAUUUAUUUUAUUUAUUGAGACAAAUUUAAAAAUGUUACGUAAAUUUAGUAACAAAAAAUAAGAAUUAUUAUUAUCCAUUCGGAUUCUGUAUGGGUAUUGAUCAAGGUAACAUGUUUUCUUAAUAUGUUGUGAUUCUUUUAUAUCAAUGAGACUAAAUGGAAUCAUGGGUACACCAGAGAAAAUUAAACCACCACCACCUCCAAAGCCUAUCUCAUUGCUUACAAGUUUAGGAAAUUGUAAUUGUGAUGAAACUCAAAAGUUUUGUUCAAAACAUAAAAUGGUUACCACAAAUGAUAAUGUAUCUACCUUAAAAAGUCAAAUUGAAUUUUCAGUAACUAAGUCUACCAUCAAACCUCCAUUACUUCCAAAACCCAGUAAUAUUGUUUACAAAAGUAGUCCAUACAAAAUAAAACAUAAAUUUCCCAGUGUAAGUCAUCAAACCAUAGAAGAUGGAGAAAAGACUGUUGAUUCCAUUGAAAAUGAAAUUAUUGACAUCAAAAUUCACGAAGAGAAUAAUAUAUUUAGGAAAGAAUCAGAAAAUGAAAGUGAUGUUAAUUCGAAUAUUUCCAAUUUAGAUAUUCCUGUACAUAUAAAUAGUAUUUUAGAAAGUAACAUAACUGAUAGUGAAAAUAAUAAUAGUAGCAGUAUUAACAGAAAAUAUAUCAAUGAUGAUUCAGAUUAUGAAUUCCCCAAUGAAAGUUUAUUAGAUGAUUACGUAGUUUAUGAUACAGAUAUGUUAGGAAUUUCUGUGAAUCAAAUGGAUAAUCAAAAUAUAACAAUUGAUGAUGAAAAAUUAUCAAUUACAAGUGAUUCAACUGAACUGUAUUCUGUAAGAAAAAAAAUUGUAAAUUGGUUUGGAUCAUUCGGAAAGGGAAAAAAAAAAAAAAAAAAACGUGACUCUUUUAACAGCAGUCAAAAUGAAGAGCAUAAUUCUGAUAAAGAUGAAAAUGAUACAGACUCACAUUCAUCUAUAGAAGAUAAAUCAAAUGAAAAACUUGAACUUGAAGAAUCAUUAUCUAUUGAAAAUGUGGAACCAGAUGAAAUAAUUCCAUUUAAGAAUAAAUCAUUGAGAAUUGUUGAAGAAUUAAUUACAACCGAAAAAGAUUUCAUUGACGUUUUAAAAUUAUUAUGUCAAACAUUUGUUUCAUUUAUUGAUCAGUCAUGUAAUGACUUUAAAAUUAUACCCCCAAAUGAUUUAGCUAAAAUAAUAAACCCACUUCCCCAGUUGCUCAGUCUAAAUGAAGAUCUUUUGCAAGAUAUGGAAAAGCGUUUAGAAAAUUGGGAUAAACAUCCUAAAAUUGCUGAUGUUAUUGUGAAAAAAGGACCAUUUCUUAAACUUUAUUCUACAUACAUUCAAAAUUUUGAAAGUCAGUGUAAUUUUUUAGAUGAAUGUUGUCACAAGUAUCCUAAGUUUCAUAAAUGUAUUCGAGAAUUUGAAGUAUCUGAUGUAUGUAGAAAAUUAACAGUUAAACACUAUAUGCUUAAACCUAUUCAGAGAAUACCACAGUAUAGAUUGUUGUUAGAAAGUUAUUUAAAAAAUCUUGAUGAAAAUUCAAUAGAUUAUAAAGAUACAUUAACUGCUUUAAAUAUUGUCUGUGAUGUGGCUAACCAUGCUAAUAAAAGUGUUAAGCAAGGGGACUCUUUGAGCAAACUUUUGCAAAUACAAUCACAAUUAGGAAACUAUGUUAUAAUAAAACCUGGUAGAGAACUCAUUAAGGACGGAGAACUUUACAAGUUAUCCAGAAAAGAUAUGCAAUUGAGAUAUUUUAUUUUGCUCAAUGAUUGUUUUUUGUAUACAUCAUACUAUGGUACAGUGUCUGGAUUAAAAAUAAAUUAUGAACUUCCACUGAGUGGAAUGAAAGUAUUUAUACCAUUGACUGAUGAUCAUUACAAUGAAUUCAAUAUAAUUACAAUAACUCGGAGUUUUACUUUGAGAGCUAGAUCUUUAUCAGAAAGAGAAGAAUGGGUUACUAAAUUAGAAGAAGCUAUUAGAGAGCACAACAAUAAACAGCUAUCAUUUUUAAAUAUGAAAUUUGUUCCAAAAAAUGCAGGUUGUGAACCUUUAAAAUUAGGUCAUGAGGCGCCAAUUUGGAUUCAAGACUGUCGUGUUACUAUGUGUCAAUCAUGUGCAGCAGAAUUCACUGUGACUUAUCGUAGACAUCAUUGUCGAGCCUGUGGAAAAGUUGUUUGUGGAAGUUGCUCAGAAAAUAAAGCGCCAUUACAUUAUAUGAAGUUUCAAUCAGCAAGAGUAUGUGAUGAUUGUUUUGAUUAUUUGCUCAAAGAAGUUGAAGAUAAAAUUGUGGAAUUACGUCAGGGGUCUAAUUUUGGCAACUUAGAUAUUCUAAAUAAAUUAGAUGCAAUAAAAAGUUCUUUUAAAAAAUCUGGACUAUGGAACACUAAGAAACUUGUGAAAUAUGUACCACAACGGCUAAAAGAAGUUAUGGCUAAUGAUUCAGGCUCACAAAUGAGUGGUUGGUUAUAUCGUCGUGGUCGUAAAUCAUGGAAAAGAUUUUGGUUUGUACUAAAAGAACAAGUUUUAUAUACUUACAAAGCAUCGGAAGAUGUAGUAGCUUUAAAUACAGUGCCAGUAUUAGGUUAUAGUGUUCAAACAUUUCCUGAAGGUACAAAUUAUGAGGAUUUUGAUUCUAAGUGUGUAUUUCAAUUAGCCCAUGCUGGACAGAGUCCAUUGAUAUUUUGUGCAGAAAUUGAACAAUUAGCCAAAAGGUGGAUUAAUGCUCUAAACGAAGCAACUCAGUUAAAGUAAGAUCUCUUAUUCAUAUAACCUUAUUAUUAAAUUAUGUUAAAUUUUUAAAUAUUAGAUAAAUUAAUGUAUACCACUACAUUAAAUUAAUAUUAAGGAUGAUUAUCACUGAAUUGGUGCUUAAGUAUUUAAUGUAGUCCUUUAAAUUAAUGUUAUUUUUUGAGAAUAUGGCUAACCAGCUGUUAUAUUUUUUAAACCUGUGUCUUAUAUUUUUAUUCUAUUCCAUUUGAAUUAUUAUUUGUUUUUGUGUGUUGUGUGAUUUAUCUUUAAAUAUUAUUUUAUUUAUUUAUUUUUUAAUAACCAAAUUUUAUUUUAAUAUUAAUUUUAUUAUAAACAUUUAAAGUUUUACUCUUAUUAUUGUCAUUUUAUUAAUUAGUAA